CCAGCACACUCUUGUUCAUCAACACUGGGACUCAACUCAUCUAACGUGGUGACCACACACCCAAUCUUCUUCCUUCUGACCAACCGCCAUUGAAAGGCAUCUUGACAUUGACGUCUUCGAAGCCCCAUAAUCAUCACACCCUAGCCAUGGCGCCGUCGGCUCAGGCGCAUAAGCGGGCUCACAGUUUGCUGCUCUUUGAGAAGUUACUCAACAUGCGGGACAGCGCCAGCCCGCUCACUCUUAUACUAGAUAGCCUAGAGCAAGGGGCUCGGCCGCUUACAGACGAGUUCAUGAGGAGGGCCAAAAAUGAGCGCGCAAAAAUCGUCUUCGUCUCCUUCGAGACGAUCAAAAAGCCAGACGCGGCCGACGCCUUCAUCAGAGCUCGAGGCAAAUCCCUGAAGGCCCUCGCAGCAGAGAUAUCCUCACACAAUACCCCUUCCCGAGCCACCACCACCACCACCACCAAGGACUCCCCUCAAAAAACACUCAUCCUGCUCGACACCCUCAACACCCUCGCCUCCCAAUCCCCCACCCUCCUCCCAGCCUUCUUCACCUCCAUCAUCACCACCCCGUUCACCUCCCUCGUGGCGGUCUACCACACCGACGUCCCCACCCUUUCACCACCAUCAUUAUCAUCCGAGUUGUUGUACGCCCCGGCCCCGCUGACGCUGCUAACCCACCUGGCCACGACCGUCUUCCGCGUCUCGGCGCUGGGCCACGCCGUCGCGGCCCGCCGCGCGCGGGAGCGCAGCCUGCCCGAGCCCGAAUGGGGCUUGCGCGAGGGCAGGGAGGGCGUGCUGGUCGGGUUGAAGGAUGGUGGUGGUGGUGAUGUUUCGGAGGAGGGGCAGGGUAGAUGGGAGGGUAAGGAGGAUGCGGCGGUGGUGGUGGACAUGGAGAUGCGCCGGCGGAGUGGGCGGGCCGUGGCGGAGCGGUUUGUGCUUGCGAGUAAUGGGAUGGGGCAGGCAAAUGGGAAAGGGGCCUUGGGGGGCGUAGUGAUGGUCAUGGGGGAUCAUCCUGCGUUUAGGAAGGCGGGUGGAGGUGUGGAUGGCGGUGGGGAGGAGCACGGUGAAGAGAUGGAGGCGACGUUUAACCUUGGAUUGACGGAGAAGCAGAGGCGGGAUCGGGAGGGGGUGGUGCUGCCUUACUUCGAUGCGCAGGUUGAGGUUGGGGGCGGGGAAGGGGGCAGGAUUCUGUACGAGAUGGGCAGGGAGGAUGACUUCGACGAGGAGGAGGAUGAGGUUUGAGUGUCGGCAUAAGACUUCGCAUCGAGAUAUGGGUCAAGCACUAAAUGGUAUUUGCCCGUGUGGUUAUUCGGGCAUCCCGAAAUGCAUGAGAUCGGCCUUUCUCGUUAGAGACAGUGGACCAGAGGUUGGGCCUAGGCCGAUAGUUUAUAUCAGACAGGUUGCC